AGUACUCUUUAUUUCACCUAUUCCACCUUUACACACAGAAACUACAGGGAAAAAAAAAUCUCUCAAUGUUAAGUGCCCAAAGACCCUCCUCAAGCACCACAACCAAUGAAGAAACCAAUCAAGACCAUGACAAUGAACAAAUCCGUGACAUCCAUGCUCUAACCCCACCUCUUCCACCACCUCGAAACCGUUGGGAAACAGGCAGCAAUCAUCAUGGAUCAUACUCUAUGUCCAUGAGUAGUGAAGGUGCUUCAGGUGAAAACUUUACUACCAUGAGUAGAGAGUUUAAUGCUCUUGUGAUUGCAGGGUCUGCUAUAGGAACUAGUAAUACUACCAGCAAUAGCAGCUCUGAUCGUAAUGAUCUUAAUGAUAAUGGAAGCAACACCUUGCUGUCUAGGUUUGUUGAGGAUGAUGACGUGCCGGAAGAAACUAACCCUUUGGCUAUUGUACCUGAUAACCACCCUUUGGACCCCGAGCCAAGCUCGAGAAUGCUUGGGUCCGUUCGUGUGGAUGGCAGCGACCAUGGUGGAGCCGGUGGUGAAGUGUCUGUGCUAAGAGUGAAGAAAGAGGAGGUUGAGACUAAGAUCACUGCAUGGCAGAAUGCAAAGAUUGCAAAGAUCAAUAAUAGGUUCAAGAGAGAAGAUGCUAUAAUUAAUGGAUGGGAGAGUGAGCAAGUACAGAAGUCAACUUCUUGGAUGAAGAAAGUAGAGAGGAAAUUAGAGGAGAAAAGAGCAAGAGCCUCGGAGAAGAUGCAGAAUGAGAUGGCAAAGGCACACAGAAAGGCAGAGGAGAGAAGAGCAUCAGCUGAAGCUAAGAGAGGGACUAAAGUUGCUAGAGUUCUUGAGGUAGCCAAUUUGAUGAGAGCUAUUGGGAGACCUCCUGCCAAACGGUCCUUCUUUUGAGCCUUAAUCAAUGUUCCAUAUAAUAUAUAGUACUCCUAAAAACAUCUCCAAAAUACAAAGUGUCCUCAAUAAUCACUCCAAACUGUUAGGGUUCCUGCAUCUUUUGAACUACAGGGCACCCUAUCCAAAAUGGGGUAGUGAAGACUGAAGAGUAGCUCUCAAAGCUACAAAAAAAUUGAUUCGACUGUUAUUAUGGGUCUUUGUGAGUGUUUGAACUCUGUGUGUUAAGAAUUUCGUUGAAGGGCUUGCAGGUGAUGGUGGUGGAACAACCAUUUCGUCUUGUACAGUUGUAUUGCUUCUUGUUAUUAACAGAAAAUUGGUGCUUAAUCAAUAGCUAUACUUGUACAAACACGAUUAUAAGUUUUGGUUUGGUACAAGUACAAUCUAGAGUGGAAAUGAAUAUUAUAGAA